AUGAUCCGGAUGCCCUCUGCAUCUUUGUUAGUGAAUCUUCUUUCAGCUUUGCUCAUUCCCUUUGUUGCUGGAGGAACAGAAAUAAGAUUUGCUGGACCAACAGAAUUUGCUGUUAAUGAAACAAGUACAACUGUUAUUCGUCUAGUCAUUGAAAGGGUAGGAGAGCCAGCAAAUGUUACUGCGAUUGUAUCGCUCUAUGGAGAAGACACCGGUGACUUCGUUGACACAGUCGCUGCGGCUUUCAUACCUGCUGGAGAGACAAACAGGACAGUGUACAUAGCAGUCUGUGAUGAUGACUUACCAGAGCCUGACGAGAUCUUUAUUUUUCAUCUAACGUUGCAGAAACCUCCAUCAAAUGUGAAACUUGGAUGGCCAAGGACUGUUACUGUGACUAUACUAUCAAAUGACAAUGCCUUUGGGAUUAUUUCAUUUAAUAUGCCUUCUUCCAUCACAGUGCGUGAACCCAGAGGCAGAGAGGAGUCCGUAUCCCUUACUCUCAUCAGGGAAAAGGGAACCUAUGGAAUGGUCACUGUGACUUUCCAGGUGGAAGGUGGCCCAAAUGCCCCUGAAGAAGACUUGAGUCCAGUUAAAGGAAACAUCACCUUUCCCCCUGGGGAAGCCACUGUACUUCUUACCCUCACAGUACUUGAUGAUGAGGUACCAGAAAAUGAUGAAGUGUUUCUGAUUCAACUGAAGAGUGUGGAAGGAGGAGCUGAGACCAACACCUCUAGGAAUUCAGUUGAGAUCGUCAUUCAGAAAAAUGAUAGCCCUGUGAGGUUCCUUCAGAGCAUUUAUUUGGUACCUGAGGAAGACCAGGUUCUCCUCAUCCCAGUGGCUCGUGGAAAGGACAACAGUGGAAACCUGAUUGGCUCUGAUGACAAUGAAGUUUCCAUCCGUUACACGAUCGUAACUGGGAAUUCAACAGCUCAUGCCCAGCAGCAUUUAGACUUCAUUGAUCUGCAGCCAGACACAACCGUUGUUUUCCCAUCUUUUAUUCAUGAAUCGCACCUGAAAUUCCAAAUAGUCGAUGACACCAUACCGGAGAUUGCAGAAUCAUUUCACGUUAUGUUACUGAAGGAUACCUUACAGGGAGAUGCAGUGCUGUUAGGACCUUCUGUUGUGCAAGUCACCAUCAAGGCAAAUGACAAACCCUACGGUGUUCUCUCAUUCAACAGUAACUUGUAUGAAAGGCCUGUCAUUAUUGACGAAGAUACACCAAGGUUUGAAGAGAUUACAGUGGUUAGAAACGGUGGCACCCACGGCGACGUGUCUGUGAAGUGGGCAUUGACACGGAAUAGCAGUGACCCCUCACCGGUGACGGCCGACAUCACCCCCAGUUCUGGAGUUCUCCAUUUUGUACAAGGGCAGAUGUUGGCGUCCGUUCCUCUUACAGUCGUCAACGAUGAUCUUCCAGAAGAGGCAGAAGCUUACCUGCUUCAAAUCCUGCCUCAUACAAUACAAGGAGGCGCGGAAGUGAGCGAACCGGCUGAGCUUUUGUUCUACAUUCAGGAUAGCGAUGAUGUCUAUGGCCUCAUAACGUUCUUUCCUAUGGAGAACCAGAAGAUUGAAAGCAGCCCAGGUGAACGACAUUUAUCCUUGAGUUUUGCAAGACUGGGAGGGACGACAGGAGAUGUGAGCAUGCUUUAUUCUGCUCUUUACAUCCCCGCUGGAGCCUUGGACCCCUCUCGCGCAAAAGAAGGAAUCUUAAAUAUCUCCAGGAGAAGCAGCCUCCUGUUCCCAGAACAAAAAACCCAAAUCGCUACCAAAUUACCAAUAAGAAAUGAUGCGUUCCUUCAAAAUGGGGCCCAUUUCCUUGUCCAGUUGGAAACCCUGGGGUUGGUGAAUGUCAUUCCCCCAAUUCCACCCGUAAGUCCUAGAUUUGGGGAAAUCCGAAACAUUUCUCUACUGGUCACUCCGGCCAUUGCAAAUGGAGAAAUAGGCUUUAUGAGCAAUCUUCCAAUCAUUCUGCAUGAACCAGAAGAUUCUGCUGAAGUGGUGUGCAUUCCCUUACAUCGGGAUGGAACGGAUGGCCAGGCUACUGUGUACUGGAGUUUGAAGCCUUCCGGCUUUAAUUCAAAAGCGGUGACUGAAGAUGAUAUAGGUCCCCUUAGUGGCUCUGUUUUGUUUUUAUCUGGCCAAAGUGACACAACAAUCAACAUUACUGUCAAAGGUGAUGACAUACCAGAAAUGAAUGAAACUGUAGCACUUUCACUUGACAGGAUUAACGUGGAGAGUCAAGUGCUGAAAUCAGGAUAUACGAGCCGUGACCUAAUCGUUUUGGAAAAUGAUGAUCCCGGGGGAGUGUUCGAGUUCUCUCCUGCUUCCCGAGGACCCUACGUUGUUAAAGAAGGGGACUCUGUGGAGCUCCGCAUCGUGCGGUCCAGGGGCGCCCUGGUGAAGCAGUUCCUGCGCUACCACGUGGAGCCGAGAGACAGCAGCGAGUUCUACGGGAACACAGGAGUUCUGGAGUUUGAACCUGGGGAGCGGGAGGUGGUCAUCACCUUGCUGACGAGACUGGAUGGGAUGCCAGAGUUGGAUGAACACUAUUGGGUGGUCCUCAGCAGUCACGGUGAUCGGGAGAGCAAGCUGGGAAGUGCUACUGUUGUCAACAUUACGAUUCUGGAAAAUGAUGACCCUCAUGGGAUUAUAGAGUUUGUUUCUGAUGGUCCAAUUGUCACAAUAAGUGAGAGCAAAGAAGACAGUGUCUAUAGUGCUGUUUAUGGCAUAAUGAGAAAUGGAGGCAACUUUGGGAAUGUUAGCGUGCUGUGGGCUGUUAGUCCAGACUUCACACAAGAUGUCUCUCCACUGCAAGGGACCGUUUUCUUUGGAGAUCAGGAAUUCUCAAAAAACAUCAGUGUUUACUCUCUUCCAGAUGAGGUUCCAGAGGAAAUGGAGGAGUUCACCAUCAUCUUAGUCAAUGCCACUGGAGGAGCAAAGGUGGGCAAUAAAACAGUUGCCCUUCUGAGGAUUAGAAGAAAUGACGACCCCAUUUAUUUUGCAGAACCUCGUGUGGUGAGGGUCCAGGAAGGCGAGAGUGCCAACUUCACCGUCGUCAGAAAUGGGUCCCUUGACGCUACCUGCACCGUCCAGUACGCCACCAUGGAUGGGAAGGCUACGGCAAGAGAGGGCGACUUUGUUCCUGUGGAAAAAGGGGAAGCCCUUGUUUUUGAAGCUGGAAGCAGAGAGCAGAGCUUGUCUGUAUUUGUUCAUGAAGACGGGGUCCCCGAGACCGAGGAGUCCUUCUACGUCGUCCUCUUCAACUCGACAGGCGAUACAGUCGUGUAUCAGCAUGGAGUUGCUACAGUGAUAAUUGAAGCUAAUGAUGACCCAAAUGGUAUUUUUUCUCUGGAGCCCAUAGACAAAGCAGUAGAAGAAGGGAAGAUGAACACAUUUUGGAUUUUGAGGAACCGAGGACGCUUUGGCAAUGUUUCUGUGUCUUGGCAGCUGUUUCACAAUGGCUCUGCUCUGCACCCUGGACAAGAGUUCUGUGAAACUUCAGGGACAGUUAACUUCAUUGAUGGAGAGGAAGCAAAGCCUGUAGUUCUCCAUGCUGUUUCAGAUCAAAUUCCCGAGUUCAAUGAGUUUUAUAUUCUCAGACUUGUGAACAUUUCAGGUGGGUCUCCAGGUCCUGGGGGCCAAAUAGCAGGAAGCAACCUUCAAGUGACAGUGGCGAUUCCAUUCAAUGAUGAUCCCUUUGGCGUUUUCAUCUUGGAUCUAGCGUGCUUAGUGCGAGAGGUGGCAGAAGAUGUUCUCUCGGAAGAUGACAUGUCUUAUGUGGCCAGCUUCACCAUUUUGAGGCAACAGGGUAUCUUUGAGGAUGUACGAGUAGGCUGGGAAAUCCUGUCCAGUGAGUUCCCAGCUGGUUUGCCACCAAUGAUAGAUUUUUUGCUAGCGGGGAUUUUCCCCAGUACUGUACCUUUGCAACCACACCUGCGGCGUCACCAUAGCGGAACAGAUGCACUGUACUUCAGUGGACUAGCAGGUGCAUAUGGGACUGUCAAUCCAAAAUACCAUCCCUCUAGGAAUAACACAAUCACCAGCUUUACAUUUUCAGCUUGGGUGAUGCCUAAUGCUAACACAAAUGGUUUUGUUAUAGCCAAGGAUGAUGGUAAUGGAAGCCUCUACUAUGGUGUAAAAAUUCAAACCAAUGAGUCCCAUGUGACGCUUUGCCUUCAUUACAAAACUCUGGGUUCGAAUGCCACAUACGUUGCAAAGACAACAGUCAUGAAAUACUUAGAAGAAAGUGUUUGGCUGCAUCUUCUAAUUAUCCUGGAUGAUGGGAUCAUUGAAUUCUACCUGGAUGGAAAUGCAAUGCCCAGAGGAAUCAGGAGUCUGAAGGGAGAAGCCAUCAGUGAUGGUCCUGGAGUACUGAGAGUCGGGGCGGGGGUGAAUGGCAGUGACAGAUUCAUGGGUCUGAUGCAGGAUGUGAGGGCCUACGAGCGGAAACUGACUCGGAAGGAGAUUUAUGAGCUUCAUGCCAUGCCCGCAAAGAGCGAUUUGCACCCCAUUUCUGGGUAUCUGGAGUUCAGACAGGGAGAAGCCAACAAAUCCUUCAUCGUUUCUGCAAGAGAUGACAAUGACGAGGAAGGAGAGGAAUCAUUUAUUCUCAAGUUGGUCUCUGUAUAUGGAGGAGCUCGCGUUUCUGAAGAAAAUAGUACAGCACGAUUAAUAAUACAAAAAAGUGACAAUGCCAAUGGCCUGUUUGGUUUCACUGGAGCUUGUAUACCAGAGGUGGCAGAGGAGGGGUCCACCGUCUCCUGUGUGGUCGAGAGAACGCGGGGAGCGCUGGACUACGUGCACGUGUCUUACACCAUCUCACAGGUCGAAGCUGACAGUGUGGAUUACCUGGUGGAUGACUUUGCCAAUGCCAGCGGAACUAUCACGUUCCCUCCUGGGCAGAGAUCAGAGGUCCUGAAUGUACACGUUCUUGAUGACGAUGUUCCUGAGCUGAAUGAGUAUUUUCGUGUGACGCUGGUUUCCGCAAUUCCUGGCGAUGGGAAAGUUGGUUCUACUCCCACCAGCGGUGCAAGUGUCGAUCCUGAGAAGGAAACCACCGACAUCACCGUGAAAGCCAGUGACCAGCCAUACGGCCUGCUACAGUUCUCCACAGGGCUGCCGCCUCAGCCCGAGGAUGCCCGGAGCCUGCCCGCCACCAGCAUGCCGCAUGUCACCGUGCAAGAAGAGGAUGGACAGGCCAGGCUGCUGGUCGUCCGUGCACAAGGACUGCUGGGAAGGGUGUCUGUAGGAUUCAGAACGGUGUCUGUCACGGCGUCCAGUCCUGGGGACUACCAGAGUGUUGCUGGUACGCUAGAAUUUCAACCAGGAGAGAGAUACAAAUACAUUUCUGUCAACAUCACUGAUAAUUCUAUCCCUGAAUUGGAAAAAUCUUUUAAAGUUGAGUUGUUUAACUUGGAGGGAGGAGUAGCCGAACCCUUUAGGGUUGAUGGCAGUGGUAGUGGUGAUGGGGAUGUGGAAUUCUUUCUUCCAACUAUUCGCAAACGUGCCAGUCUAGGAGUGGCUUCCCAAAUUCUAGUGACAAUUGCGGCCUCUGACCAUGCUCACGGAGUGUUUGAAUUUAGCCCUGAGUCUCUCUUUGUUAGUGGAACUGAACUGGAAGAUGGACAUAGCACUGUUACAUUCAAUGUUGUGAGAACCCACGGAGCUCUGUCUCAAGUGACUCUGCUUUGGAACAUAGGUUCUGACCCUGACGGUGAUCUGGCUUUCACCUCUGGCAAUGUCACAUUUGAUGUUGGGCAGACAAGUGCGAACAUCACAGUGGAAGUGUUGCCAGAUGAAGAGCCGGAACUGGACAAGACAUUCUCUGUGUCUAUCCUUGGCGUCUCCAGCGGUGCUUUGGGAGCCCACACGAAUGCCACACUAACAGUGUGGGCUAACGAUGAUCCUUAUGGGGUAUUUAUAUUUUCCGAGGCAGAUAGACCUAUGAGAGUUGAGGAAGCAACCUGGAACAUCACCUUGUCUAUAAUACGGUUGAAAGGGCUCACGGGUAAAGUCAUUGUCUACUAUGUAACACUGGAUGAUAUGGAAAAACCACCUUAUCUCCCACCUAAUUUAGCCAGAGCAACUCAAGGAAGAGACUACCUGUCGGCUUCUGGAUUUGCUCUUUUUGGGACCAAUCAGAGUGAGGCAACAAUAAGUAUCUCAAUUUUGGAUGAUGAUGAACCAGAAAGAUCGGAGUCUAUGUUUAUCAAACUAAUCAAUACUACUUUAAUAGAGAAAGAACAGGCUCGUCCAAUUGCAAAUUCUCCACGCCUUGGGUCUAAGGUGGAAGCUCUUGCCCACGUAAUGAUCAUUGCCAAUGAUGAUGCGUUUGGAACCCUUCAACUCUCAGCACCAGUUGUUCGCGUGGCAGAAAACCAUGUGGGACCCAUUAUCAAUGUGACUAGGGCAGGAGGAGCAUUUGCAGAUGUGUCUGUGAAGUUUAAGGCCGUGCCACUCACUGCCAUGGCUGGAGAAGAUUAUAGUAUAGCUUCAUCAGAUGUGGUGUUGCUGGAAGGGGAAACCAGUAAAGCCGUGCCAGUGUAUAUCAUUAAUGACAUCUACCCUGAGCUGGAAGAAUCUUUUCUCGUGCAACUGCUGAAUCAAACCACAGGAGGAGCCAAAUUAGGGGCUUCAACAGAGGCAGUCAUUAUUAUUGAGGCCUCUGAUGACCCCUACGGGUUAUUUGGUUUUCAGAUUACUAAACUUAUUGUAGAGGAACCUGAGUUUAACUCAGUGAAGGUAAACCUGCCGAUAAUUCGAAAUUCUGGGACACUCGGCAAUGUUACUGUCCAGUGGGUUGCCACCAUUAAUGGACAGCUUGCUACUGGCGACCUGCGAGUUGUCUCAGGUAAUGUGACCUUUGCCCCUGGGGAAACCAUUCAAACCUUGUUGUUAGAGGUCCUGGCUGACGACGUUCCGGAGAUCGAAGAGGUUAUCCAAGUACAACUAACUGAUGCCUCUGGUGGAGGUUCUGUUGGGUUAGAUCGAGUGGCAAAUAUUAUUAUUCCCGCCAAUGAUCAGCCUUAUGGUACAGUAGCCUUUGUUCAGUCCAUUUAUCGUGUUCAAGAGCCUCUGGAAAGAAGUUCCUGUGCUAACAUAACUGUCAGGAGAAGCGGAGGGCGCUUUGGCCGGCUGCUGUUGUUCUACAGUACUUCUGACAUUGAUGUAGUGGCUCUUGCAGUCGAAGGAGGUCACGACUUACUCUCCUACUACGAACCGCCAGUUCAAGGGGUGCCUGAUCUGCCUGGGAGAACUUGGGUGAAUGUGUCUGCGGUGCGGGAACCCCGGGACACCUGCGCCACCCUGUGCCUCAAGGAGCAAGCUUGCUCAGCGUUUUCCUUCUCCAGUGCUGCUGAGGGUCCCCAGUGCUUCUGGAUGACAUCAUGGGUUAGCUCUGUUGUCAACAGCUCAGACUUCUGGACCUACAGGAAAAACAUGACCCGGGUAGCAUCUCUCUUUAGUGGCCAGGCCAUGGCUGGAGGCGAUUAUGAGCCUGUGAUGAGGCAAUGGGCCAUCAUGCUGGAAGGUGACGAGUUUGCAAAUCUCACCGUUUGCAUCCUUCCCGAUGAUUCUCCAGAGAUGGAUGAGAGCUUUCUGAUUUCUCUCCUGGAAGUUCACCUCAUGAACCUCACAGCCAGUUUGCAAAAUCAGCCAACUGUUGGAUGGCUGAAUACAUCCACAGUGGUCAUAGCACUAAAUGGUGAUGCAUUUGGGGUGUUUGUCAUCUACAGCAUUAGUCCCAAUGCUUCAGAAGAUGGCUUAUUUGUGGAAGUCCAGGAGCAGCCCCAACUCCCAGUGGAGCUGGUGAUACACAGGACAGGAGGCAGCUUGGGUCAGGUGACCGUUGAGUGGCGUGUUGUAGGCGGGACGGCUACUGAAGGUGUAGACUUUGUAGGAGCUGGAGAUAUUCUGACUUUUGCAGAAGGUGAAACCAAGAAGACGGUCACUGUGACCAUUCUGGAUGAUUCCGAGCCGGAGGAUGAUGAAAGCAUCGUGGUUAGUUUGGUGUACACCGAAGGCGGCAGUAGAAUUUUGCCCAGCUCCGACACUGUUACAGUGCACAUUCUGGCCAAUGACAAUGUGGCAGGAAUUGUUAGCUUUCAGACAGCUUCCAGAUCUGUCAUAGGUCACGAAGGAGAGAUUUUGCAAUUCCAUGUGAUAAGAACACCCCCUGGCCGGGGAAAUGUUUCUGUUAACUGGAGAAUUAUUGGACAAAAUCUGGAGUUCACUUUUGCCAACUUGACUGGAGAACUCUUCUUUCCUGAGGGGUCAUUGAAUAAAACCAUAUUUGUGCAUUUGUUGGAUGACAAGAUACCUGAAGAGAAAGAAGUAUACCAAGUCAUUCUGUAUGAUGUCAAGACACAAGGAGUACCAGCAGCAGGAACGGCUCUGCUUGAUGCUCAAGGAUACGUGGCUGCCCUGACAGUGGAGGCCAGUGAUGAGCCACAUGGAGUUGUAAAUUUUGCUCUUUCAUCACGAUUCCUUUUAGUACAAGAGGCUAACAUAACAAUUCAACUUUUCAUCAACAGAGAAUUCGGAUCUCUAGGUUCUGUCAAUGUCACCUAUGCCACGGUUCCAGGAAUGUUAAGUCUGAAGAACCAAACAGAAGGAAACCUAGCAGAGCCAGAAGUUGACUUCGUCCCUGUAACUGCCUUUCUGAUUUUAGAAGAAGGGGAAACAGCAGCCGCCAUCAACAUUACUGUCCUUGAGGAUGAUACACCGGAGCUAGAAGAAUAUUUCCUGGUGAAUUUAACUUCUGUUGAACUUAUCAUGGCCCCAUUAACUUCAUUUCCUCCCAGACUAGAUUCAGAAGGCUUGACUGCACAAAUUACUAUUGAUGCCAAUGACGGUGUCCGUGGUAUUAUCGAGUGGCAACAGAACAGGUUUGAAGUAAAUGAAACCCACGGAAGUCUCACCUUGGUAGCCCAGAGGAGCAGAGCGGCCCUGGGCCGUGUGGCCUUGUUCGCCUAUGCCCAGAAUUUGGAAGCACAGCUGGGGCUGGAUUACAUCUUCACCCCAAUGAUUCUUCAUUUUGCUGAUGGAGAAAGGUAUAAACAUAUUGACAUCAUGAUUCUUAAUGAUGACAUUCCAGAAGGAGACGAAAAAUUCCAGCUGAUUUUAACUAAUCCUUCUCCUGGACUGGAGCUGGGGGAGAAUACAAUAGCCUUAGUUACUGUCCUCGCUAAUGACGAUGGCCCUGGAGUUCUGUCAUUCAACAACACUGAGCACUUCUUUCUGAGAGAACCGACGGCGCUCUACGUACAGGAGAGUGUGGCCGUGCUGUACGUGGUGCGGGAGCCUGCACAAGGACUGUUUGGAACGGUGACAGUUCAGUUCCUUGUGACAGAAGUGAACUCCUCAGCGGAGUCGACUGAUCUGACUCCUUCCAGGGGCUACGUUGUUUUAGAAGAGGGUGUUCGAGUCAAGGUUCUACACAUAUCUGCCAUAUUAGACACGGAACCAGAAAUGGAUGAGCAUUUUGUUUGUACCUUGUUUAAUCCAACCGGAGGUGCUAGACUAGGGGAGCGUGUUCAAACCCUGAUAACAGUUUUGCAAAACCAGGCUCCUUUGGGGCUAUUCAGUAUCUCUGCAGUUGAAAAUAGAGCCACCUCUAUAGACAUCGAAGAAGCCAACAGGACGGUGUAUCUGAAUGUGUCACGUACCAAUGGCAUUGAUUUGGCCGUGAGUGUGGAAUGGGAGACGGUCUCUGAGACAGCCUUUGGAAUGAGGGGAACGAAUGCUGUGCUUUCCAUAUUUCAAAGUUUUCUGGAAGAGUCGAUGUCUGGCUGGUGUUUUUUGAAUUUGGAAGAGUCAGUAUAUGGUAUAAUGUUAAGAAGCUCGUCUGUCACUGUUUACCGGUGGCAAGGGGUUUUUACACCAGUUGAGGAUUUAAACAUAGAAAACCUUAAAACGUGCGAGGCCUUCAAUAUUGGUGCUUCCACAUACGUUGUCCUUACUCAGGAAGAAAGCAAUGAAGACAAGUCUUCGAUUAACAAUGUAUACACAUUCACAUCAGGAUUCAAAUUAUUGCUGGUACAAACAAUCAGUAUUGCAGAAAGUUCUCAAGUAAGAUAUUUUACUUCGCAGAAUCAAGAUUAUUUAAUUGUUGCAAGUCAGAGAGAUGAUUCUGAAUCAACUCAGGUCUUCAGGUGGGAUGGAGGAAGCUUUGUGCUACAUCAGCAGCUGCCUGUCCGAGGUGUGCUGGCCAUGGCCUUGUUCCACAGGGGAGGUUCUGUGUUCCUGGCUGUCUCGCAGGCUGACUCCAGGCUUCCUGCCCUUUUACUCAGAUGGUCUGGGAGUGGCUUUCUUAGCUUUCAAGAGGUGCCAGUCCUUGGGGCAACAAAAAUGGAGGCUUUGUCCUUGGGAGAUGAUAUUUACCUCAUUUUUGCCAAAAAUACCUUUCUAGGAGAUCAGAACUCAGUUGAUGUUUUCAUCUGGGAGACAGGACAAUCUGCUUUCAGGUAUUUUCAGGCCCUGGACUUCGGUAUUGUUAAUGGGAUCCAUUCCUUCACCCCAGCUUCAGGAAUAGUCCACAUUCUUCUCCUUGGCCAAGAGGUGUCUGCUCUUUAUGGCUGGAAUUCGGAGCUGAAUCGGUUCUCUUUCGCUCUGGAGGCGCCUUCGGCCCAUGACGCAGCUUCUGUCACAGUAAAGUCCCUUAAUUUGAGCAAGAAUUUAAUUGCUGUUGUGGGCACUGCACAUGCACACCUGUGUGAGCUGGCCUACGUCUCCGGCCAGUCUGACUUUAUUCCUAGUUCAGGUGAACUUAAAUUUGAGCCUGGUGACAGAGAAGCUACGAUAGCAGUAAAUAUCCUGGAUGAUGCGGUUCCAGAGGAAAAAGAAUCCUUCAGAGUUCAACUUAAAAAUCCCAGGGGAGGAGCUGAGAUUGGUGUCAAUAGUUACGUGAAAAUAACUAUUCUGUCUAAUGAUGAUGCCUAUGGAGUUGUUGCAUUCGCUCAGAAUUCAUUAUACAAACAAGUGGAAGAACUGGAACAGGAUAGCCUGGUGACCUUGAAUGUUGAGCGCUUAAAAGGAACAUAUGGUCGUGUAACUGUGGCAUGGGAGGCGGAUGGAAGUACGAGUGACAUAUUUCCUACCUCAGGAGUGAUUUCAUUUGCUGAAGGACAGGCACUGUGUACGAUCACCAUGACCAUUCUUGCUGAUGACAUCCCAGAGCUGUCGGAGGUUGUGAGUGUAACACUCACCCGCGUUACCACAGAAGGAGUGGAGGACCCAUCAGGAUUCGCCACCAUGGAUCAGAAAAGAAACAAGUGUGUGAUAACCAUUCUGCCCAGCGACUCGCCCCAUGGCCUGGUGGGCUGGCAUCCCGAGUCGCUCUUCGUGAGGGUGGCAGAGCCUAAAGAGAACAACAGCCUUCUUCAGUUACGAGUUGUUCGAGACCAAGGACUGUUUGGGGACAUUGCCAUUCACUUGUUGGCUAAACCCAACUCCUUACUGCAUGUCAAUAAUCAAGCUAUGGAGCGUGAAGAUUAUGUGCUGCAAGAUACCAUGGUGAUAAUCAGAGAAAACGAGGAAGAAACUCUAGUCAAAGUAGCUAUUUUGCCGGACGAUAUUCCCGAGUUGGAAGAGAGGUUCAUUGUCACAAUCACCGAGGUGACCCUGGUGCACUCUGACUUCUCUGCUGGACACCCCAAAAUGCAGAGGCCAGGGCUGGAAGCAGCUGAGAUAGUGAUCGAGGAAAAUGAUGACCCCAGGGGAAUUUUUAAGUUUCCUGUGGCCAGAGAUGCUGGGGGCGUUAUUACUGCCUACGAGGUGCCACCACCCUUGAGCGUUCUUCACGUUCCUGUAGUACGGGUGGCGGGAAGCUUUGGGGCAGUCGGCGUUCACUGGACAGCAACACCAGAUAGUGCUGGCCUGGAAGACUUUAAGCCACCUCAUGGGAUUCUUGAAUUUGCAGAUGGACAGGUGACUGCAAUGAUGGAACUCACCAUCAUAGAUGAUGACGAGUUUGAGCUCACAGAGACCUUCAAUAUUUCCUUAGUCAAGGUGACUGGAGGUGGCAGGCUUGGCGAUGAUGACGUUAUGUUAACUGUUGUUAUUCCGCAAAAUGACUCUCCGUUUGGAAUAUUUGGAUUUGAAGAAAAAACAGUGAUGGUUGAUGAAUCUUUUUUGUCUGAUGACCCCGACUCAUAUGUGACGCUGACAGUUGUCCGGUCUCCAGGAGGAAAAGGAGCUGUCCGACUUCAGUGGACUGUAGAAGAGAAGGCUAAAGGAGAUCUUAGCCCUUUGACUGGAACCCUGCAUUUUAAUGAGACCGAGUCCCAGAAGACCAUCCUCCUGCGUGCUCUUCAAGACACUGCACUAGAGGAGCACAGACGUUUCACCAUUCAGCUGACGGCAGUCGAUGAGGUAGAAAUAUCUCCAGUGAAAGGGAGUGCCUCAAUAAUCAUCCGUGGAGAUAAGGGAGCACUUGGAGAAGUGGGGAUAGCUGCAUCAUCGAGGCACGUGCUCAUCGGGGAACCCUCUGCGAGAUACAAUGGUACUGCCAUCAUCAGCCUUGUUCGUGGCCCAGGGAUCUGGGGGGAGGUCACAGUGUUUUGGAGGAUAUUCCCGCCUUCCUCGGGGGAAUUUUCAGAAACAUCAGGAAAGCUGACCAUGCGGGAUGGACAGUCCGCAGCUGUCAUACUGAUACAGGCUUUAGAUGAUGACAUUCCCGAGGAAAAGUGCUUCUACGAGUUUCAGCUCACGGAUGUCAGUGAGGGAGGGGUUCUGAGCGACUCCAGCAGCACAGCCAACAUCACCAUGGUUGCCAGUGACGCCCCCUAUGGCCGCUUUGCCUUUGCACAAGAGCAGCUGCGAGUGACCGAGGAGACCCUGAGGGUAAAUGCCACCAUCAUCCGAUCAGGUGGCUCUUUUGGGCUGGUGAGACUGUGGUAUGAGACCAGGAGCGGGACGGCAGAAGCAGGCUCGGACUUCAUUCCUGCGGCAGGAGAGCUCCUGUUUGAGGCCAGGGAAGUGGUGCGGAGUCUGCAGGUUGAAAUCCUCGACGAUGACCGACCAGAGGGCCCUGAAGAAUUUUCUUUGGCAAUUACGAAGGUGGAGCUCCAAGGAAGUGGGCAUGAUUUCACUAUUCGAGAUAAUGGACUGCAGAUAGAUCAACCUCCAGAAAUAGGAAACGUCUCCAGUGUUCGAGUCACAAUUAUGAAAAAUGAUCAUGCAGAAGGCAUCAUUGAAUUUGACCCAAAGUAUACUGCUUUGGAAGUGGAAGAGGAAGUUGGGAUGGUCACGAUCCCGGUGGUGAGGCUGCGUGGCACAUUCGGCCACGUGACAGCCGACUUCGUCUCUCGGAGCUCCUCUGCCAUCCCUGGAGGGGUCGAUUACCUGCUGCAUGGCAGUUCUGUCACCUUUCAGCACGGGCAGAACUUAAGUUUCAUCAACGUCUCCAUCACUGAUGACAAUGAAAGUGAAUUUGAGGAGUCCAUUGAAAUUCUGCUCACUGGCGCUACUGGCGGAGCAGUCCUUGGGCGCCACCUAGUGAGCAGAAUCACCAUUGCCAAGAGUGAUUCUCCUUUUGGUGUUGUAAGAUUUCUCAAUGAAAGCAACAUUUCUAUUCCUAACCCCAAUUCCACCAUGGUUCUGUCCUUGGUGCUGGAGCGAACUGGAGGACUCUUGGGAGAGAUUCAGGUGAGCUGGGAGGUGGUGGGACCCAACUCCGAGGAAGCCCUAGCAGCACAGAACAGAGACAUGGCGGGCCCGGUGAGCGGCGUCUUCUCUUUUGGAGAAGGGGAAGGCGGAUUGAGAGCCAUUGCCCUGACCAUCUAUCCUCACGAAGAAACUGAAGUUGAAAAGACUUUCGUCGUUAAACUUAAACUUGUGAAAGGAGACGCACAACUAGACUCCAGGGCUAAGGAAGUCACAUUAACAAUACAGAAGUUUGGCGAUCCGAAUGGAGUUGUUCAGUUUGCCCCUACAUCCUUAUCUAGGAACACCUACGAGGAGCCACCUGCUUUGGAGGGACCCCUUAUCAUUACUUUCUUUGUUGAAAGAGUUAGGGGCACCUUUGGAAAUAUUACGGUUUACUGGGAGCUACAGAGUGAGUUUGAUGUGACCGGAGACUUCAUUCCUACAAGCGGGUAUUUCACCAUGGCCGACGGAGAGGGUGAAGCAAGCUUUGAUGUUCAUCUGCUGCCAGAUGACAUCCCGGAGAUCCAGGAAGACUGUGUGGUCCAGCUCACUUCUGUGGAAGGCGGCGCAGAGCUGGACCUGGAGAAACGCACGGCCUGGUUCUCGGUUUCUGCCAAUGAUGACCCACACGGCGUGUUCACCCUGUAUGCAGAACGCCAGUCACUGCUUGUUGGGCAGAGCCUCGCCAGAGCCAUCCAAGUUAACAUAACGCGGCUUGCCGGGACAUUUGGAGAUGUGGCUGUGGGGUUUCGAAUAUUGUCGGAUCGUGAAGAACACCCCAUUGCCGCUGAUGGCAGAGAGAGGCAGCUGGUGGUCAAAGAUGGUGCCAGGUACAAAGUGGACACCGUGCCUAUAAGGAAUCAGGUCUUCCUGCCGCUGGGCUCUAAUUUCACUCUGCAGCUGGUGACUGUGAUGCUUGUUGGUGGCCGUUUCUAUGGGAUGCCCACAAUUCUUCCGGAAGCCAAAUCUGCCAUCCUUGCUGUCCCUGAGAAGGCUGCCAAUUCUCAGGUUGGAUUUGAAUCCACGGCUUUUCGACUCACAGACAUUGCAACAGGCACCUGCCGAGUUGUAGUCUCAAGAAGAGGCACUUACGGCUCCCUCUCAGUCGUCUGGACCGUGGGAUAUGCCGCUGGGGUCGCGAUCCCCGAAUUCAUUGCCGUCGGCAACAUGACCCCAACACUGGGCAGUGUGUCUUUUGCCCACGGUGAGCAGAGGAAAGGGGUCUCUCUGAGGACCUUUCCCAGCCCGGGUCGGCCAGAGGCCUUCGUGGUUCACCUGUCGGGAGUGCGGAGCAGCGCUCCUGGUGGAGCCCAACUUCGAUCAAGUUUCACCAUGGCAGAAGUUGAACCAAUGGGAGUCUUCCAGUUUUCUUAUAGCUCCAGAAAUAUCGUGGUGUCAGAGGAUGCGCAAACCAUCAGAUUACGUGUACAAAGACUGUUUGGGUUCCAUAGCGACCUCAUUCAAGUUUCCUAUCAGACUACUGCAGGAAGUGCCGAGCCGCUGGAAGACUUUGAGCCUAUUCAGAAUGGGGAACUGCUUUUUCAUCAAUUCCAAACUGAGGUGGAUUUUGAAGUAACUAUUGUUAAUGACCAGCUUCUUGAGGUAGAAGAAAGUUUUUACGUUAAUCUUACUUCAGUAGAAAUUAGGGGAUUGCAAAAGUUUGAUGCUCAUUGGAGACCACGCCUGAAUCGAGAUUUCAGUGUGGCAGUGAUCACAAUCAUGGAUGAUGACGACCUGACAGGAAUGGGUCUUUCUGUCUCCAUGACAACUGUGGCCAUGGCAAUCGACACAGCUCUCAUGCCUGUGGAAAUGGCUUCCACUACACAUCCUUACACAAGCGAGAUGACUACCGUUCCACAGACAACUGAAACGUUCACCACCGUUACUGGGGCAACAGGUGUACCUGCCAUUCCAGAGAAGCUUGUCACCCUUCACGGUACACCUGCCGUGUCCGAGAGGCCUGAAGUGGCCACCAUAACUGCUGAUGUUUCCAUGCAGGGAACGUUUAGUCUUGGACCACCCAUUGUUUAUGUUGAAGAGGAGAUGAAAAAUGGCACGUUGAACACCGUAGAAAUUGUGACCCGCAGGGCUGGUGGGUUUUCUGGUAAUGUCAGCGUGACUGUUAGAACCUAUGGUGGAAGAUGUGCCCAGGAGGAACCACAUGCAUUGCCCUCUCAUAUCCACACAAUUUCCAACCUGACUUGGGCAGUGGAAGAACAAGACUUUGCGGAACAAACUCUUGUCCUUGUAUUUCUAGAAGGAGAACAAGAACAUAAGGUAUCAGUUCAAAUUGUGGAUGACGAUGAGCCAGAGGGGCAGGAGUUCUUCUUUGUGUUUCUCACGGACCCUCAAGGGGGAGCGCAGAUUGUGAAGGGAGAAGAUGAGUCUGGAUUUGCAGCAGUUGCCAUGGUCAUUAUCACAGGGAGUGAUCUUCACAAUGGCAUCAUAGGAUUUAGUGAGGACUCUCAGAGUGGACUAAAACUGGGGGAAGGAGCUGAUGGGAAAAGAUUGCAUCUCACUGUCUCCAGGCAGCCAGACAGGGCCUUUGAAGAUGUCAGGGUCUCCUGGCGAGUCUCGCUGAACAGAACAGCUGUGGUGCUCCAGAAAGAUGGGGUAAACCUGACGGAUGAACUCGUAUCUGUUUCCGGGACCACGACCUGUACAAUGGGCCAAACACAAUGUUCUAUCACCAUUGAACACAAACCAGAAAAGGUACCUCAGGUUGAAAUGCACUUUUUUGUGGAACUGUAUGAAGUAAGUGCCGGGGCACAAAUAAACAGCAGUGCCAGAUUUGCACAAAUUAAAGUCUCUCCGAGAGCUGAGCCACAGAGCCUCGUGUGCUUCUCCGUGGGCUCUCGGCUGGCAGUGGCUCCCAGGAAGGCCACCUUGAUCAGCCUGCAGGUGGCCAGAGACUCUGGGACAGGACUCAGAAUGUCCGUCAGUUUCAGCACCCAGGAGCUGAGGAGUGCAGAAACCAUCGGGCGCACGGUCCUGUCUCCCGCGCUGUCUGGGAAGGACUUCGUGAGAACCGAAGGCACGUUGGUCUUUGAGCCUGGCCAGAGAAACACUGUAUUGGAUGUCAUCCUGACGCCAGAGACGGGAUCUUUAAAUCCAUUCCCUAAGCGAUUCCAGGUUGCGCUUUUCGACCCACAAGGUGGUGCCAGAAUUGAUGAGGUGUACGGGGUUGCCAAUGUCACUCUCGUCUCUGAUGCCGACUCACAGGCUGUGUGGGGGCUUGCAGAGCAGCUGCACCAGCCCCUGGAUGCCGACAUCCUCAGCAGAGUGCUCCACACCCUCAACCUGAGAGUGGCCACGGAGAACACGGAUGAACAACUCGGUGCUGUGAUGCAUUUACUAGGACAGAUAACUGUUGAAGCGAGAACUCAAGCUUUCAGCGUUGAAAGCCGAGCUCUUCUGUAUGAGAUUCUCUGUUCUCUCAUUAACCCGAAGCGCAAGGAUACCAGGGGAUUCGUCCAUUUUGCCGAAGUGACUGAGAAUUUUGCCUUUUCUUUGCUGACUGAUGUCACCUGUGGUUCUCCUGGUGAAAAAAGCAAAACCAUCCUUGACAGUUGCCCAUAUUUCUCAAUACUGGCUCUUCACUGGUAUCCACAGCAAAUCAAUGGGCACAAGUUUGAAGGAAAGGAAGGUGAUUAUAUUCGGAUUCCAGAGAGGUUAUUGGACAUCCCGGAUACAGAAAUAAUGGCUGGACAAAAUACAUGUAAAUUAGUCCAAUUCACAGAGUAUAGCAGCCAGCAGUGGUUUGUAACUGAAAACAGCCUUCCCGCUCUGAAAAAUAAGGUAUUAUCGUUGAGUGUGAAAGGUCAGCGUUCACAACUCCUGACUAACAGCAACGAGGUUCUCUACAGGAUCUAUGCUGCGGAGCCCAGGAUUGUUCCACAGACGUCUCUCUGUCUUCUCUGGAAUCAGGCUGCUGCCAGCUGGUUGUCUGACAGUCAGUUCUGCAGAGUGGUGGAGGACACUGCCGACUACGUGGAAUGUGCCUGCUCACACAUGUCUGUGUACGCCGUCUACGCCCAGACCGACUACCUGUCUUCAUACAAUGAGGCCUUUUUCUCUUCUGGAUUUAUAUGUAUCUCAGGUCUUUGCUUGGCUGUCCUUUCUCACAUCUUCUGUGCCAGGUACUCCAUGUUUGCAGCUAAACUUCUGACUCACAUGAUGGCGGCCAGCUUGGGAACACAGAUUGUGUUUCUGGCGUCUGCAUAUGCAAGUCCCCAGCUGGCUGAGGAGAGCUGUUCGGCCCUGGCUGCUGUCACUCAUUACCUGUACCUUUGCCAGUUUAGCUGGAUGCUCAUUCAGUCGGUGAAUUUCUGGUACGUGCUGGUGAUGAACGACGAGCACACGGAGAGACGCCAUCUGCUGUUUUUCCUUCUGGGCUGGGGACUGCCGGGCUUCGUGGUGAUCCUCCUCAUAGUGGUUUUGAGAGGCAUCUACCAUCAGAACAUGACACAAAUCUACGGGCUCGUUCAUGCAGACCUAUGUUUCAUCCCCAACAUCUACGCAGCUCUGUUCACCGCAGCUCUUGUUCCGUUGAUGUGCCUUGUGGUGGUUUUUGUGGUUUUCAUCCAUGCCUACCAGGUGACGCCCCAGUGGAAGGCAUACGACGAUGUCUUCAGAGGAAGAACAAACGCUGCAGAAAUCCCACUGAUUUUAUACCUAUUUGCCCUGAUUGCUAUGACGUGGCUUUGGGGAGGAUUGCACAUGGCCUACCGCCAUUUCUGGAUGUUGGUUCUCUUUGUAAUUUUCAACAGUCUACAGGGACUCUACGUGUUUGUGGUUUAUUUCAUUUUGCACAACCAAAUGUGUUGUCCUAUGAAGGCCAGCUACACAGUGGAGAUGAAUGGGCAUCCAGGACCCAGCACAGCCUUCUUCACGCCGGGGAGUGGAAUGCCUCCCGCUGGAGGGGAGAUCAACAAGUCCACCCAGAACCUCAUCAGUGCCCUGGAGGAGGUACCACCUGACUGGGAGAGAGCAUCCUUCCAACAAGCCAGUCAGGCCAGCCCUGAGUUAAAGCAAAGUCCACAAAAUGGCGCCACGUUUCCGUCCUCUGGAGGCUAUGGCCAGGGAUCUCUGAUGGCCGACGAGGAGUCUCAGGAGUUUGAUGAUUUGAUAUUUGCGUUAAAAACUGGUGCUGGCCUCAGUGUCAGUGAUAAUGAAUCUGGCCAAGGCAGCCAAGAGGGAGGCACCUUGACUGACUCCCAGAUCGUGGAGCUCAGAAGGAUCCCCAUUGCCGACACCCACCUCUGACUCCUCGGUGACCUCCAGAAAGAAGAGUUUGGUAAUGCUAUUGCCUUCUGUGCUAAAACCCUCUCAGUUACACACAGCCAUGAGCUAGGAACCUAUGAACUCUGCUGGUGGUUAACAUAGAAGUACUGUUGUAUCUUACUUUGUGCAACCAGAAAAUUUAUUACUAUGGUGAAAGACUGGGUCCAUUUAUGGCAGUUAAUAGGAUGUACAUAUUGCAAGAGUGUUAGUUUUUUUUUUUUAA